CAGCGGAAGAGAGCGGACCGCGGAACCUCAGGACCCGGAGGUUUUUGUUUGUUUUUCGGUGCCGUUCAAGUGCAUCUGCAUCACCCGGGGAUUUCGGCCAUGGACUUUGAGGAGAUACUGGCCAAGUGCGGCGACAGCCAUCGCUACCAGUACAUGCUGUUGGCCCUCUAUGGCCUGUUAAUGUUCAUCGUUUCCCGGCAGUAUUUCGCCCAGAGCGUCAUUAGCUUUGUGCCCGAUCAUUGGUGCUAUCACGAACAGCUGGUGAACCGGAGCUAUGCCGAAAUAGCUGCAAUUUACGCCCCAUUCAAGAGGCCUUCGUGCACGCGAUUGGCGUCGAUCGAUGAGGAUGGUGGUAAUGCCACGGCCAGCGAGGAACCCUGUAAUCGAUGGAUCUACAACUAUGAUCACGGAUUCAGGAGCAUGAAUGCAGAUCUAAAUUGGGUUUGCGAUGAUGCCUAUAAGGCGCGAGUGGGUCAAUCCCUGUUCUUUGUGGGUUCCAUGUGCGGCACUCUCCUCUUUGGCCUGCUGGGUGACAAGAUCGGACGCAUCAGAGCCGUGGUCUUGGCCAACUGGUGCGGCUUCCUCGGCGAUUCGGCCACCAUCUUCGCCGAAAGCCUGAUCACUUUCUCGGCCAGCCGGUUCGUUUCGGGCCUGGCUGCUGAGGCCAACGCCUACCUCAUGUACAUUCUGGUGCUGGAGUACGUCUCGCCAACGAUGCGAAGUGUGGGUCUAAACCUCACCAUGUCUGUUUGGUAUUGUCUGGGCAUGAUAAGUGCCUCUUGGCAAGCGGUUUGGUUGGGCGGUUGGCGACCCUUCAUGGCCUGGUCUGCACUUCCCCAAUUGCUGGUCACUGGCUUCUACUUUCUGGUGCAGGAGAGCGCCCAGUGGCUGGUCACUCGUCACGAUAUCGAUGGAGCUGAGUUGAGGCUGCGCCGGGUGGCCAAGUUCAAUAGGAGGGAGGUUAGUGAGACAGACUUCGAGUUGUUCCGGCAGCACUGCAAGAUCAAGGAGUCGGAGGCCAGCAGCCAGGUUUCCCUGCAGAAGCAGUCGCGUCUCAUCGAUGCCCUCAAGUUUCCACGCCUUCGAAUCAGAUUGAUCUACGUGCUGGUUGUCUUCUCAAUAACGGUGCUUUGCUACAACACAAUGUCCCGCAAUGUGGAAGGACUGACUAUCUCACCUUUUGUCAUGUUCACCCUUUUCGCGCUGACACUGCCUCCUUCGGGAAUUUUUCAGACUCAAGUCCAAAAGAACUUGGGUCGAAAGUUCACCUCAGUGGUUAGUAUGACGGCCACUGGAGUGAUGACGGCGGCUACAGGGAUUUUGCUGACCUUCUGGACACAACCAAGUGCCACGGUGAUGGUGUGUUUAUUACUGGUAUCCCGAUUCGGGAUUUCUGUGAUCACGGGAUCCACCAUGCAGAUUUCUGCCGAACUAAUGCCAACCUGCGUAAGAUCGAGUGGCUUGGCGGUGAUCCACGUCACGGGAGCAGCCUUCUCCUUCCUUUCGCCAUACAUUCUGCACCUGGACACUUAUUUCCGAGCUGCCUCCUCGAUAAUCCUGUGCCUUUUGCUCCUGCUAAGUGCAUGGAUUUGUUUACUCCUGCCUGAAACGAGAAACAAAAAGCUUCCAAUGUCCUUAGCCGAAGGUGAGGAGUUUGGCAAGAACGAAAGGAUGUUUGAUUUUCUGAGGAGCACCAAUAAGGAAGAUCAACACGAUCUCAGUGCGGGCACGAACGAAAAACUUAUGGCGGAGUAGUCGUACUUAAUGUUUAUGUUUUUAGUAUUGCUCCAAUUCAGAAAACUGCAUUUAAUUACCUUUGUUGAAAUUAACAGUGCCUAAUCAUGACUGUAUGGUUGAAAAAUAUUAAUUAUUAUUACUUAACAUUACUUUAGUUGUUAUUUGUAAAAUGAGAUUUAAGUAUCUAUACAAAAUAAGGAUUACAAAAUGGUUGGCUAUAUAUUAGGAACUAAAUAUUUAUAGUCAAAAGAAUGUAUCUACUUAUCUAGACGACUGUUCGAGGCAACGCAAUAAAGGUAUUUAGACUUUCAAUAAAAAUACUUAGAACAUAACAAUGUGAAAUAAAUAAAUUAAAAGAUAAAAAUUAAGCUGACAAUACAGUAAUAACUAUUAUUGUUGAGAGUUUGGAUAAUAAAAGUUUCAGACAUCAUUAAGUAAUUUGUUGAUUCAUGCUCAGGGUCUUUGUUAUUUUAGUAUUUGUGAGCAUUAAAAUAAGUUAAGGAAAUGAACGCAGUUAUUAAAU